AGAAAUGGAGCAAGUGUCUCUCACGUACGAAACAAAACGAAGCCUCAAGAAACGGGAUCGGGACCACUGCAUUGAAUUGAAGGAGUAGAAGAAGAAUAAUGAAGUCAAAGUAGAAAGCUUCAGUUUCAUCAAUUCCUCUUCUUCUACGGAAACAGUUUCCAGCUUCGUUCGUUCAAACUGAUCAUUCAUGCCUGCAAAUUGCUAAUCAAUCGAUGCUGCUGAUCAAAAACAAUAGCGCUUCAUGGUAAAGUUAUGAAUGAAGAUUGAAGGUUGACAACUACACAGGUUAUAUAGUUUCUGAAGUUAAUAACUAAUAAUAAUGUUUCUCAAAUAUUUGAGUUUCUACCAUUGGAUAUGGAAGCAUAGGAAGCACAAUCCAACACCAAUGGUAAUAGAAGAGUUAUGCCAUCAAUUUUCUCUAGCUAGUAUUAAGAAAUCGACCAACAACUUUGAUAAAAAUCAAAAAGUCGGAAGUGGGAGCUUAGGCAUAGUGUACAAAGGUUGUCUUCAAUUACAUAAUGAUACUAUUGAUUCUAUGGUUAUAAUCAAACGAGUUCAUCCUAUUACAGACAAAAAAUUAAGAGAAUUUAGGAAUGAAAUUGAGUUGCUAUGCCAACUUGAUCAUCCUAAUUUGGUCAAUUUAUUAGGAUAUUGUGACCACAAAGAUGAGAAGAUUAUUGUGUAUGGUUACAAUUCCAAUGGAUCUCUCUAUAAUCUCCUUUGUUGUAAACAUAGUAGCAUGAAACCUCUUACAUGGAAACAAAGGCUAAAAAUAUGCAUAGGAGUAGCAUGUGGACUACACUAUCUUCACACAGGAACCAAACGCACCAUCUUUCAUUGCGACAUUCAAUCUCAUAAGAUUUUAUUGGAUAGCAAUAUGGUGCCUAAACUCUCAGAUUUUUGGAUUUCCUUGCAAGGUCCUUUGUUUACUUCAAUGCCAAAACCAAAGUCCAUAUUGAAUGAUAACAUUGUUGGUUCAUAUGGUUAUGUGGCUCCAGAGAUUUUAGAAAACAAUAAAGCAACAUAUAAGUGUGACGCUUACUCCUUUGGUAUACUUCUACUAGAAGUGCUAUGUUGGGAAAAGUUAGAAAAUGUUAAGAGACAGAGACUCCCAAUGGAAGAGAAUAUUGAUGAGAAUAUCAAAGGAAACAUUGCACCAGAAUGUUGGGAAAUAUUUGUGGAUUUCACAAAAAGAUGUUUAAAGUAUGAUCCAAAUGAACGACCAACAAUGGGUGAAGUUGAGGUGCAACUUGAACUUGCUCUAUCACUUCAGGAAAAAGCAGAUAAUAACAAAAACAUCAAUGUUGAUAAUGAUCAUUAUACACUAUCAUCUACAACCAUUAUUGAUGAAUGAUGGAAUCCUUAUUUAAAAUGUUCAAAAUUUAUGACAAAAUCAAGAUUUCGUGAAGUUUGAUUGUACGUACCCGCAAACAAUAUUUACUGUGACGGUUCUAGCUCGUAGUCCUUAUAUUAUAAAUUUGUUAUUUUUUUUCUUCCA